UUUAGUUUGAGACUGAGUCUACGCUUCAGUCGCAGAGUCUGCAAAGAUUUCCAAUGUUGUGACGGGAGUGAGAGAGAUAAGAGAGUGCAAAACAGGGAAUUAUCGUCUGACCCCGAGAAGAGUUGAGACAAAAGAAUUGUGCUUUCACUUUUUAUCAGCAUUUGGUCAGCUUCUAGUGGACAGUGUCUGAGUGGUGUCAAGUCAAGUUAAGUAUGCUGGGACUGAUGAUGAUUGGCCUGGCGCUGCUUCUGAUGCUGGGAGAGACACAGACCAUGACCAUUACCAAUGGUCAUUGCCAGAAGAACAUCAGCGUCAAGUACCAAGUGCCAGUGACGAAAACAAAGAUCAUUGGUAACUCCAGCAAUCCCCAUGCAGGAGAGCAGCUGUAUAUUGUGUAUGAGGAGCGUGUGCGUUGGGACACUGUGCAGAUCUGUUGUCCAGGCUAUCGCACCAUUAUCUUUGGCUUCUGUGAACCCAUUUGCCAGGAGCCAUGUCCGCCGCACAGCUAUUGCCUGGAGCCCAACAAAUGUCGCUGCAUGCGAGGCUACGAGCACUCGCAUCAUCCCAACCAACAGCAUCAACUCAUUUGCCGUCCCAUCUGCCAUGGCGGCUGCCCGGAGCACAGUCAUUGUAUUGCCCACAACGAGUGCGAGUGUCGUCCCGGCUUCAAGGAUGUCAGCAGCUGGUUCAGCCUCAGCCUUAGCUGUGAGCGCAUCCAAUGUGGACUCGAGCAGCGCUAUGACAUCCAUCGACAUGCCUGCGUCAAGAUCGAGAUGAGCAUGGAGGAGCUAAUGCAGCGAGUGGCCGAGCGUCUGGAGAAGGGCCUUCCAGCUGAAGGAGAAGCUGAAAGUGACACAGAUCAGCCUUUGGAGUAGCAUUAGUUGGACUGAAUGGGUUCGCUGAUGUUCCUACUUAAAAGCAUUAAUCGAGAUUAUUCAUAUUUAUAGGUUUCAUAAAGAGAUAAGACACAUAUCUUGAAAGAAAGUGACUAAAUUUCGAUUGAGAGUUUGUUUCUA